UCACCUUUGUAAUUAAAUAGUUUAACACUUUUGUAUUCAGCCUGCUACUUUGCUGCUGCUACUCCUGCUCCUGCUUUACUUUAACAGUUGAACUUAUGGGUGCUCUCUCUCUCACCUCUGCGAUAAACAGAACUUCUUACCCCGUCUAGCAAUCUUGUCCACCUUUUCCCCUUCUUUUUCUUCUCCCAUUUUAGCUCAUUUCUUAAUUUUAUAUGAUUUCGAUUUCUGGGUUUUUUUUCCUCAAAUCAUAUUAUUUGUUGAAUUAAUUUCAAGUUGUUCGCUGAAAUUUCCCACAGAAGAGUAGAUCCUGAAAAGGGUUUUAGGGGGUUUACAAAUUUCUGGGGUUCCAAAAUGGAGGCAGAAAAUGGAGAAAUCAAAUCUAAAAUGGACGAUUAUGAAGUGAUUGAGCAAAUUGGCAGAGGCGCAUUUGGGGUUGCUUUUCUUGUCCUCCACAAAGCUGAGCAAAAGAAGUAUGUAUUGAAGAAGAUACGCUUAGCUAAACAAACUGAGAAGUUUAAGAGAACAGCUCUUCAGGAGAUGGAGUUGAUUUCCAAGCUACGCAAUCCAUAUAUUGUUGAAUAUAAAGAUUCUUGGGUGGACAAGGAAUGCUGCGUAUGCAUUGUAACCAGCUAUUGCGAAGGAGGUGAUAUGGCUGAGAUCAUUAGGAAGGCUAGAGGAGCACGUUUCUCCGAGGAGAAAGUCUGCAAAUGGAUGACUCAGUUGUUAGUAGCUGUGGAUUACCUGCACUCCAACCGCAUCCUUCACAGAGAUCUUAAGUGUUCCAACUUGUUCUUGACAAAGGAAAACGAUAUUCGGCUUGGUGACUUUGGACUUGCAAAACUUCUUAAGCCUGAUGAUCUUGCUUCAUCGGUUGUUGGUACACCCAAUUAUAUGUGUCCUGAGCUCCUUGCAGAUAUACCUUAUGGCUACAAAUCAGAUAUAUGGUCACUUGGCUGUUGUAUAUUUGAGAUUGCUGCACAUCAACCAGCAUUCAAAGCUAAUGACAUGACUAGUCUGAUCAACAAGAUUAAUAGAUCAAUCAUGUCUCCGCUUCCGAUUGUCUACACCUCCACAUUGAAACAAAUCAUAAAGACCAUGUUAAGAAAAAGCCCGGAAUAUAGGCCAACUGCUGCAGAAAUUUUGAGACAUCCCCAUCUGCAGCCAUAUCUAGUCAGGUGCCGUGCCACAUCCCCUUCCUAUCUUCCAGUGAAGUCACCAACCUCAAAGGAAAAGACAGUGAGGAGACAUUCGUCUGGUAAACCAAAUAGGGGGAAAGAUGGAAGAGAGGAAGAGCAUAGAGCAGUAAAGCCAAUUGGAAAUUUUGAACAAUGUGAAAAGAUUAGUCAUGCUAUGCCAAUGACUCCUCAGAGUUGUGACAAAUCAUCCACGUCUGCUACCUCAGAGGAAAACCUUGAAACAAAGAGAGUUGAUCUGGUGAGCUACUUUAAGGAUAGAUGUGAAAAUUCCAAAUGUGAGCCUUCAGGCUGUGAAAUGAUUAUGUGCAGCUCGGAUGAGCUACGUGAUUUAAAGAAAAAUGAUAUUGAAGAAACUACAACCGGCAGUAUGUUCACUAGUGAUUCUCUUCCACAAUGGGUAGAUGUUAAUAUUGAGAACAAGAACCAACAGGGUAUCUUAGAGCGUUGUGACAAACAAGAUCUUACAGAGGGAAGUGGACAAAUCAAUCAAGUCAUGCAACAGAAGAAUGGAAAAACGACAAUUUCAACUGAUAAUGGAAAUUUAACAUUGUCAGUUACGCAAAAUGAGCAUGUUGAACCCAGUUCUGAAAGGGUAACAGAAAAUCAAUGUAUAGAAGAUCAAACAACAGACAAGUGUAUGCCAUUAGAAAAUGGUAAUACGAUUCCAUCCAACAAUGUAAUUGAAGAAGAGGCUCUCAACACUAGUUGCUCCUCAAAGUUGGGUAAUGGCAGUGAUGAAGCAAUUAGUCCGACACCAGCUGAAUUGUCUUUGUUGAAAAGAACCCUAACAGCAAUGAGUGGUGGUCAAACCAAAGGUGGGAUUGAAGUUCCAACUCACCAAAGGGCUGAUGCUUUGGAGUCUCUUCUUGAGUUAUGUGCACGACUACUUAGAGAGGAUAAGCUCGACGAACUUUCUGGUAUUCUGAGACCCUUCGGUGAAGAAACGGUGUCAUCCAGGGAAACUGCAAUAUGGUUAACAAAAAGCCUGAUUGCAGCACAUCAAUCGGCCAAGACUACCUCAGCUUGAUAUGGAUUUGCCUUGUCCAUCACAUUGUAAUUUGUAAAAAUUGUAUGUGUGCAUGUGUGUGCGCAAUUCAUAGACUUGGCUUCAUUCAACAAAAUUGUGAAUCUUUUUUUUUCCUUUUUUAAAGUGAUUGCUGGAUUGAACUCUUUAUUGUGAUACAGGGGUUGCUUGUUUUUAAUUGGUACUCCGUAAUUGAUAGCGC